AUUGCUGGAUUGACCAUUAUUCAUCCUUUUCUUUUCCCUUCAGAUUUUCCUUUUUUAUUAAAACAAAAAAUCCUUCACGUUUGUCACCAGAGCUUGUGUGCAGACAAGAGUCAAGGCCAAGUGUGUCCAUGAGAAAUGACAAUGAGCUUUGCUGUCGACACGAACAAACAGGUUCUCCAUGCCAAGUGUCACCCCAAAUCCAUAUUAAGACACGUUUCGUUCAAGCUUAAUUACCCCUUUGGAGCUCUUAUCUCCCUUUACUGCCGUAUAAAUACCAUCGUCCCCUUUCAGACAAUGUGCUUAUCAAUCACUUUCCUAAUAUUUUUUCAAAACUUUACUUUGGUUUCUCUGUUGGAACAAUGUCAACAUCACUCACGGGUGGGUUUGGGGAACGAAAACAAAUCAAGAAGCCUGCACAAGCAAUCUCGAGAAAAGGAUGCAUGAGAGGGAAAGGAGGUCUGGAGAAUGCCCUCUGCACUUACAAAGGUGUCAGGCAGAGAACUUGGGGCAAAUGGGUGGCUGAAAUCCGCGAACCCAACCGCGGCGCUCGUCUUUGGCUCGGAACUUUUGAUACUUCACAUGAGGCUGCAAUGGCUUAUGAUGCUGCCGCCUGUAAACUCUACUGCUCGGAAGCCAAACUCAACUUGCCAGAAUUAUGUCCCAACCGUUGGUAUCCAUCACCUCCAACCUAUACUCAGGUUGCUGCCAUAGAGAAUCAACAUCAGAACGUGAAUAAUCCAGGUACGGGUUCAUCAAAUAGCCCCGUUAUUAUCAGGUCCAAUGAUGUACAACCUUUGUACAACAACAACUACGUCAUGUCUAUCCACAACGAGAUCCUUGAUUCUCAAGGAACCCCGGCGGAGAACAAUGCACACUUAGGGGAAAAUAAAGAUGGAAUUGAUGGGUUCUGGGAAAAUAUGUGUGUGGAUUUGCCUGUUGUAGAUGAAUCGAUUUGGGCUGAAGCUGCCAUCUCACUACAUUUCCCAGUGAUGGGUGAUCCUGAGAGUUUUGCAGGUAACCUUGUGGAUGCAACCGGCUGGGAUGCCUUGCAAUCACCAUGGUGCAUGUAAACCAAACAUAAAUGUUAGCAUACGUGGAAACGUGACA